AAUGUUUCGAAAACGAGGCAUCUAGGUCAUAUGCGAAAAAAUAAACAGUGGAGGGAAACUCUUGCGAAUUUGAUCAUGUUGAUCAUUAUGUCUUAGCCAAUCUACUAAAUUUCUCCUAAUUUUUGACUUUAUUCCGCCAUGAGUAUGUUAAACCAAGCAGCAGUAGAAGCCCUAUGCUCGGCAACGUAUUUGGAGAACUAUCUCGAUACUAUGGAAAAUUUGCCUGACGAUCUGCAGCGAGUUGUUACACAAAUGCGCGAAUUGGAUAUCCAAUGUAGAGAUAUAAUGCAAGACAUUGAUUAUCACCAAGAAAUUUACACCAAGGAAGUGGAGGGACUUGCCAAGAAAAAAGCUCUUAUGUCCAUACAAAGGGCUCUGAUACGGUGUCAAGAAAUCGGAGAUGAAAAGCUUGGCUUAAUGACUGUCAUAGCAGAGCAUAUUGAAAAUAGGCAGCGGCAAUUAGAGCAGGAUAGAGAAAACUUAGAUCCGACAUCUUCACGAGAAAUAGAGAAAGAGGAACAGCCACUUACAAUUGUAACUCAGACGAAAGCUGUAAAACAAGAAGACAAGAUAGAGAAGAUGCCAAUGAAACGUCAGAGAAGACAGAAAACUGCAAAUGACUCUAUCACCAAAGAGGAAGAAAAGAAGGAUAUUCAAGACAAAGGUCCAAAGAAGAAGAAGAAAAGAAAAGCCAAAGAGGAUGAUCCUUCUUUCUUGGACUCAAUGGCGUACUGGUUUGGUUUGGAAGAUCGAAUUGACGAAUGCAAGGAUACAAGUGACAUAGUGAAGGCUUUGCUGGUAAUCAUUAUAAUAGAAAUAGUAUGGGUAGUUAUGGUUUUCUUGGAGCCCAGAAAGCCUCUCAUCAAAAUGCCAGAAACAAGGGCGCGGGAUUUUGAAGAAGAGCAUGUGAUCAAUGCUAUUGUAACAGAUGCUAUGAGGAGCGCACAGCAAAGUUUCUCAUCCUAAACAGUCUUAUCUGGAUUUCGAAUUAAUUGCUUAAGGAAUAAGCAGAUGCAUCAAUAAAAGAAAAACUGUUUUAGUAAAGGUUUUAAAAUUCAAUGUUAAGGAUUUCUUUAUCGUCAUAUCCCUAGAAAUGUUCAUUAUUUUCAUUAAAAAUAAAUGUAACUUAAAAAAGAAAUGUAAUACCUCAAACGAUAAGAAGGGGAAUUUUAUAAGUAUGCAAAUCUUUGUAUAACAUUGAUUUGUUAAUCAAAUAAAAAUGUCACAUCUUUUGUCA